AUGUGCGAUCCCUUGAAGGCACUGCACGGCCUUAGAAAACUUGGCCCCAACGAGCAAGUGGCUCCCCACAUCUCCGUCAUCCGACCAGGGCGAGUUAGUUUGAGACCGUUAAGCAACCCAAGACAGCCAAACAUCCAACAACCCCAUCUCUGCGCGCUGCAUGACUUAGUGCAAAAUAGCGACCUCCUCCCUCUCCUCUUCUACGUGUUACCCCUCCUACACUCCCAUUUCUUCUUUCCUCCCUCAUCCGUCUUCAGUUCCCAGCUGUUGGGCUUCGGUUAUUCGAAGGGCUGGCUGGUUUUAGGUACAGCCGUGGGAUCCGAUCUUGCCUGCCUGGCUAGACAGUCGGCGAUUUAUGCAGGGUUAUCAGCUGGCGCAUCUCAAGCUGGUCAAGUUAGCUGCAGAUUCCAGGGCCGAUUCCUCAUACCGUCAGCUCGUCCUCAUGGCCGACAGGCUCCCAAUUCAAGUACGCGUAGCCGCUCUCACUCACAGAGCGAGACAUCUCCCGCGAACCUCCACAACGACUUAGCAAAGUCUCGUUCAUACAGCGAACAACAGUUUCAUUACAUCCUUCCCAAAGACGAGCAAGAGAUAGACCCCCAUGAAUCCCCAGCGCUAGAAUAUGCGUAUGAUGGCUCGAUAGGAUACGACGAAAAGACCCCACUUCUCGAUCAGCUGCAAAAGACUGCGCCAAACCGGUUCUUCCUUAUUGCCCAAAGGCUUUUCGAUGCAAUCUACGAGACAAUCCAGGCUAUUCUUUCGACAAUCGCAGCACCGGGUGUGUAUGUCGCGCAAUCGUUCCGAGAUGAUGAUGGUCACUAUUCACCCGUUGUUCCUAUUCGCAAAGUCACUCGAUAUGUAGCGUUCCGCAAUGCGGUGAAUGAGCAUUCGAGGUCCAAGAGGACUACAGCUUCGCAUCGUCUUAAGGGGGAUUACGAAAAGUCUGGACGAAAUGGUGGAUCGACUCGAAGAUUGAGAAGUACCCCUUCUCAGUCAUCAAUCGCAUCGUCUAAUUCGGAAUCUGAUGGUGAUCGUGACCGCGCCAGACCCAGUAUUAACAACGAACAUCGCGGCACCAAAAAUAGAUCUUCGGACAAGGAAUCACUGGCAACAGACAACAAUAAUACACCAAGAAGGUCAAUUCGCAUUAAACUAAAUAAUGAUGAAUCUUUGAAACGCCAAAAGAGAAGGUCCCAAUUAGCUGAUGUCCCGCACGAUUCGGCGGCCGGUGGGAAUCCCUCACCAGGCGCAGUCAUCACAGCAGAAAGCUUGAAAUCACCAAUGUCGCAAUCCGCUUCACAUCAUCGGAUAACCAAAUACCCUCAUGUCCCUGCUCCUCCGCGACCACUGGUCCCUGUUCGACAGCCUUCAUAUACCAUGCGAACAACGGGACGUCAAGCGCCAACUAGAGUUCCCCAGAAAACCCUUGUUCUCGAUCUGGACGAGACCCUCAUCCAUUCUCUCGCCAAAGGUGGUCGCAUGUCUAGCGGUCACAUGGUUGAAGUCAAACUAGCAACUCCAGUAUCAGCAACUGGAGAGCCCACGGUCACCCGUGCUCCUCAACAUCCAAUCCUCUACUACGUACACAAACGGCCGCAUUGUGAUGAGUUCUUACGCAAAGUGUGCAAGUGGUACAAACUCGUCGUCUUUACAGCGAGCGUCCAGGAAUAUGCCGACCCGGUCAUUGACUGGCUUGAGCAAGAACGCAAGUUCUUCCAGGCUCGCUAUUAUAGACAACACUGCACUUUGCGUAAUGAUGCAUUCAUCAAGGACUUGAGUUCUGUGGAGCCAGAUUUGAGUAAAGUCAUUAUCCUAGAUAAUAGCCCCACGAGCUACAUUUUUCAUGAAGAUAACGCCAUCCCUAUCAAAGGCUGGAUCAGUGAUCCUACCGAUAAUGGGUUACUCAAUCUCAUCCCCAUGCUCGAAGCGCUACAGUAUGUGACCGAUGUCCGUGCGUUCCUAGCAUUGCGAAGAGGCGAAGCCGAGUCGUAA